UUCCUGUCACGGGAGCUGGGCUCAACCUAUCCAUUAAGAGGAGGGGAGGAUGCGGGCUGGGGGGAAUGGGGCAGCGGUUGCCAUGGUAACAAGGUGCCCGUGGAAGGCGAGAGAUGGCCACUGAUGAACAGAUUAGGAGAUGGAGACAGAGACGUCGUAUCGGGCCGGGAUCGGAGAUGCAGCCCCUCAGGUGUGCCCACCGCGAGGCCCCGGCCUCCUCCUCCUCCUUCUCGUCGUCCUCGUCCUCAUGCCCGGGCUCCCACCCGGAGGCCUGCCGGGACCUGGGGGACGCCGUCCUCCUCCUGCUCGGCCUCAUCAUCGCCAUCAACAUCGGCCUCAACGUGGUGACGCUGAUCUGGCGCCGCCUCCGGGGUUCCCUACGUAGAGUUUUCCAUUAUUUUUUCCCAAUACGCCCCGAACUCCCAGCCCCGGCCGGCCUCCCGGCUGCGCGCCCCCCCUUCCCGGGGGUCCCGGACCACCGCCUCAGCCCACCGGCCCCCGACGUCCGGGUCCGCUGCACCAUGGACCCCGUGAAGCUGACGCUGACCCCGCCCGCCCUCCGCCACCACCGCGGGCCCAGCGCCCCGGACCCCUGGGCCCCCGACACGGACGACGAGAAGGCCGCCUGGCCCCGCCACUCCUCGUCCUGCCGCCACGGCUGGGACGGACCGGCCCAGCCGUACCCCGGGUUCGCCCCGGGGAACUGGAACCAGCGGGGCGGCCUCCCGGCCCCAGCCGCCGUGGGCGUCCGCUUCCCCCCGGGCCUGGGGGGCUCCACGGCCAAGCGGGGGGCGGCCGGGGGCGCCGAGCCGGGGGCCGAGGUCUACGUCUACCCGGUGGGCGGCACUCCCGGCGGCCCCGAGCCCCCCGGCCGCAGGUCCAACCCGGACCCCGGCUCCCCGCUGUCCUCCCGCCGCUCUCCCGCGCCCCCCAACCCGUCCUGGAUGCCCCUGAGCCACAGCCCCCGGCCCUCCCUCAGCCACGUGGUCUACGACGCCCGAGAGCUCAGGCGGAGGGUGCGCGAAGGGUCGGCCGAGGUCUCGCCCCCGGCGCCCCCUCCCGCCUCGCCCCAGCCCGCCCCCGGGGCCCUGGAGGAGCCGUACCGGGACUGGAUGUACCAGCCCACGGUGGGCCGGGCCUGGGAGCCGCUCGGGUCCGGCGGCUGCAAGCGGGAGGGGAAGGACGAUUAAAGAGAGGAGCGGGCCGAGCCA